AUGGAGUCACCUUUCCGCCGCAAGUUCGAGACCUGGCAAAUUGCUAAGGCUGCCCUUGAUGCCACCGGGCACGCCAAUGGCUAUUCAUGGGCAUUCAAAGAGAAGCUGCCGUCUCGAAUGCCUGAAGAUAGGCUCACGAAGGUGGUUCUUCGCUGCUCGAGGGGUCGGAAGGCGAAGAUUAUCAAGGCUCCCGGGGUCGCGGAGAAGGACCGCCGCGAGGGAGGCACACAAAUGUGUGCCUGCCCCUACCGUAUCACUAUUACGCUUGGUGAUGAUGACCUUUGGUCCGUUAGUCGAGGCCCAAGGCCACACAAUCACGAUCCUGCCAAAAGCUCUGCCGUCUUCUCACGUAAUCGGCGUCAAGCUCUCGAGAACCGCCUUGACGAUAUCGUAAGACGUUGGAAUGACGGCAAUCGACCCGGAAAGAUUCUCUCAUCUUGGCGCAACAGCGAGCCCAACCUUCCCGAAGACAUCAAGUACGCUACACAACAAGACAUCAGGAACGUACUAAACCGGUACCAAGCCUCUGUGCUUUCGGGUAGGUCAGAGCUGCAGUGGCUUUAUGACGAGCUCUAUCAGACCGGUGACUACGUCUGCUAUGAUCGUCGCGAUGACGAGGACAGGCUUAAGGCGCUCUUUAUUGCUCCAAAAAGUGGCAUCGAGCUCUUCCGCCGUUACCCUCAUGUCAUGCUCUUCGACUGCACGUAUAAGACUAACCGGUUCAACAUGCCUCUUUUUAACGCCUGUGGCGCUACGCCAAACCGCAAGACCUUCCAAAUCUUCGCCGUAUUUAUGAGCGGCGAGACUAAAGAAGAUUACGAUUGGGCUCUAAGUCAGUUCGAGCGCCUUCUCUGCGACAAUUCGAUCGAUCAACGACCCCGGGUUACUAUCACGGACCGAGACCUUGCCCUCAUCAAGGCUUUAAACACGAACCGACUCUUCCACCCGCUUCCACAUAUCUUAUGCCGUUGGCAUAUCAAUAAAAACGUGCUUGCAAAGACGAAGAGGCACUUUCCGCCCGGCCUUAGGAAUGCAGACGGCAGGGUCAUGCGAGCCCCUGAGUUCACGGCAUUCAUCAAAGACUGGAAUUCCCUCGUCCGCAGCCCAACAAAGGAGGAAUUCAAAGAGAACUUACAGAAGCUUCAAGGGGGCAGACAUCCAGCCGCCGCAGUCACGUACGCUACCAAUACGUGGAUUGUGCCGUGGAAAGAGAAGUUUGUGGUGUGCUUCAUCGACCAGCAUCGUCACUUUGGACAUACAACAACCUCCAUUAUUGAGUCUCUUCAUGCCACGAUGAAACGGACGGUCUGGAGUAGCACGGGUGAUUUAUCUACCGUCUUCCGAGGUCUCCAUCGCUUUUGGGUUGACCAAGAGGCGUCCGUUGCUACGGCUGACAUCAAUGCCACAGGCAAGGUGCCUACAGCUACAUUCCAACGGCUUUACGAGCUCAUACGAGAACAUGUAACCCCCUCGGCGAUGAAGCUGAUGCUGAAGGAACAGCGCAGCCUUGAUAAAGAUCUAUCGAAGUCACCGCCAGGCCCUUGCCACUGCAGUCUCUUCACAGCCUACGGUAUUCCGUGCCGUCACGUUAUCCACACAACCCUCUGUAUCAAGGGCUGUAUCGAGCUCGAGGAGAUUGACCCCUACUGGCGUCAGGCCCGCCGCCGUCUUGAUGUUGAUGAUCACGAGCAGGGGUCACAGGUCAUAGCACCCUACGAACCGUUGACGAAGAAGUCAAAAGGCCGACCUCGCGACGAUGGGCCUCCUGGCCGGGCCAAGAAGACAAAAAGACGCCAGACCACAGCAGACCUACUUGCUCAGAUAGAGUCAGACGAAACCGUGAGGCAUAUGCAACCGCCGCCUUCCACAGCCCCAGCAGCUCUCACGAUGACAAUGACGAAAAAUUCGACUACAGAUAUGGGCUUGUUACGGCUCGAACAAAAGCCAGAUACAUACGAACCCGGCACCGAGAUGCCUCGUGCAUCACAUCGAUCAAUUACGGCCCUCGAAGACGAUCCUGACGACGUUGAACUUGAAGAGAUACCAGCUUGGGUGGAUGACGAGGGUGAUGUUGACGCUGAGCUCGAAAACGCAAUGGAUGAGGCAUCUGACGAUGCAGAGAGCGCCGUAGCCGCAUUACGGAGCGAGAGCCUAAUCAGGGACUGUAUUGUUGUAGCGACGUAG